AUGGUUGACGACCGUCCUUCCAUUGGUCAAGACCAAAAGUUGAUGACAUCUCAUUCCAUCAUGGGCGACGAUCGAGUUCUUACGAAACUUGAGCUUGAGAGCUCCUGUUUUCAGACACCACCAACCGUUGUAUCUGACCUCGGCCAAAUUUCCCCAUUUGAGUUCAACGGUCGCCUCCGUUAUGAUCUGACCCCUCCAAGCGAGACCUCCGAGUUCGAUCAAGAUGUGGCGUCAGUCACGCAGCUCUUCAGCGAGACCUCAGAACCGGUUGUUGCUAUUAUUGGUGUUGGCUACGUUGGCCAACACUUGGCUCAGGUCUUUUCAAGAGCUUACAAUGUUCUCGGAUAUGAUAUCUCCAAGUCGCGAACGGAUCAUCUAACGGAAAUCUUUGACGGCAACAACAGAGCAAAGUUCACAUCCUCUCCAGCCGCGCUUGGGCAGGCAACACACUUUCUGAUAUCUGUACCGACGCUACUCCUUCCAGACAAGACCAUCGACUCAUCGUUUCUUCGCAAUGCCCUGAGCACAGUCGCCCGGUUCGCACGACCAGGCUCUACGAUUGUAAUUGAGAGCUCGGUUGCCGUUGGGAUGACUCGAGAAUUUGUCGGUCCGCUAGCCAGGAAGAAGGGUUUCUUUGCCGGGAUGUCACCGGAAAGAGUCGAUCCAGGCCGAACAGAACCUCCUGCACAUGCUAUUCCCAAGAUUAUUUCCGGGCUGGACGAUGUCGUCCCUGGUUCGCUAUCGGCGAUACACAAAUUGUACUCCCGGGUGUUUGACCAGGUGACUCCUGUGUCGACACCAGAAGUAGCUGAGAUGACGAAGCUAUAUGAAAACUGUCAGCGGAUGGUUUGUAUAGCAUAUGCUAAUGAGAUGGCUGAUGCGUGCAUCUCUCACGGCAUCGACCCUUUUGAAGUUUGCAAAGCUGCUUCGACCAAGCCUUUCGGCUACAUGCCGUUUUCGCCUGGACUUGGAGUCGGCGGUCAUUGCAUUCCUGUCAAUCCUUACUAUUUGCUAUCCAAUAACAGAUUUCCGAUUUUGGAAGCAGCCUCCGAUAGAAUGGCGUCCCGUCCUGGUGAAAUUGCGAGGAGAGUGGUCGCGAAGCUGUGUAAAAGAGUGCCGUACUACCGACCACAUGUUUUGGUAGUUGGCAUGGGCUUCAAAAUCGGGCAAGCGCAUUUGACAAAUUCUCCUGGGCUGGGUUUAGCAAAGGGAUUGGUUCUCACCCAAAUGGUUGAUGUCAGUUGGGCGGACCCCCUUGUAUCUCAAGAGUCUAUCCCUCAAAUACCCAGAUUCGAUGAGGUAGAAUGGUCUUUGGAAGCGUUGGAUUCGCGUUUUGAUUUGAUCAUAGUUGCGUUCAGACAGAGUUGUUUGGACUUUCCCCUACUGGAACAGCUGCGGAUUGCUGAGGUUGAGAUGUGGUGUCCAUGA